GCGCUAACACAGACAUCAUGUCCGAGAACAACGAGAGUUCAGUGACUUUUGACGACAGUGUAGAUACCCGGACACACGGGCUGGGUGGACAAGUGUACAGGACAUGUCUCUGGGACAAUACAAUGUCUGAGUCAGGAGUACACAAGGUUGGCGCGAGCUCGGCAGAGAUCAGUGCUGAUGUUUAGGAGGAAGCGUCUUGCUGUCUCUCCAGAUGUCUGAGUGGAUUCUUUACAGUCAUGGGAGGUUUCCAUUCAAGCAGCUCUGAGCCCCCGAGCAAGCAGCGCUGCUUUCGCACGUGCAACAACGACACCACCACGUGCGGGGCGGAAGUUGUUAGAGUAGCGCCCCCUGCUCUAGACCCCAGCCAGAAGAAGAUGCUGUUGUCGUCGUGGCAGAAGCUGGAAAGGGACAUUGCUCAAGUCGGGGUCAUAACGUUUGUAGGAAUGUUCCAGACACACCCGGAAGUUCAAGGUUACUUCCUGCCCUUCACUGGUUUGCCUCUUUCGGAUCUCAAUCACCUGGGGACACUUCGUGCGCAUGCGCUGCGCUUCAUGGCAACGGUGGAGAAGUGUAUGCACCGUCUGGACGAGCCGGAGCGUAUGAGGGACGUGCUGGAGGGACUCGGGGGCCGCCAUGCCAACUACAAUGCCAACGUCGACUACGUGGAGAUGCUCGGGGUGCAGUUCGUCAAGGCUGUUAAGGACCACUCGGAAGACUGGACACCUGAGCUGGAGGAGGCGUGGCACUGCCUCGUCCGCGUCAUCACCUUCUACGUCAAAAGCGGUUGGGUGGAGAAGGUAGAACACGGAUGCAAGGACGUGCUGCACGACAAGAUGGCCGGCAGAACCUUCCAGAAAAACGGUUCCGCCAAGACAAACGGUGUCGAGCAGAGCUGAGGCCAGGUCGGCGAGUCCGUCUGGCAGAAACCCCAAUGGUCAGUUUUUCCUUUCUUGCGUGAGCAAAACGAGAUUGGAUAUCGACAAGAACUGGAAAAUAGUUGUCUUCUUGACAGUAACAGGAGUUUUUAUAAUUCUCAUCAAGGAACUUUGACACCUGUUUUUUUUUAUGAUGGAUGUUCACCUGUGUUUGUUAUUCCUUAUUGACAAUCAUGACAGAGGAAGCACGUAAAGGCUAUCUUAUAACUACGUCUGGGGAGGUCAUUACCGCGGGAAAUUAUACAGGAGAGAACGAGCUCACUGGCUCCUAACAUCACCCUAAUGGAUGACAUCCCGAGGCAUUUACUGCUAAUUCUUUUUUGUUAAAGUUUUAUUCCUUUUAAAAACAAAAUGCUGAAUAUUCUGCAGCACGCGAGGGGUAAUAUUACUCACAUCAAAAAAGGUGAAUUAUACACCUAUGUGAUUUCAUAUCCGAGUGAAUAACUCGAGUUUGAGUUUCUGCCUGUGAAGUGUGUGCAUGAGGGAUACCCACCUACCCGUUCAAAUCGACUCUGCUGUGUCAUUUUUAUUUCUGUGGUCAUGGAUACCACAGCGACAUUUGUCAUCAACAUGAUAUCAUUUUUAAAAGUUCUUACUCUCUGGAUUAAGAACAUGUGAUGUUACUGGACAUUCUGACACUUCUUUUUUGAGAAAAAUUACGAGAGCUAUCAAGCAAACUGAUAAUGAGCUAUAUGUUGUAGACAGCCUGGAUUUCUGCCUUAAAGGCGUCCUAUAUAUCUCAGUGCUUAUCUGGGUUAAAGAUGUGUGUAUUUGUGCUCUGUUCAUGGGAGCAUAUGUGGUUGAACGCAGCAUCUUCAGUACCCUGGGUGCCACUGCUCUAUCCUUGGAUCCUUGGUGCAAAAUUCCCCUUCUGUUCAGUCCCCCAACGAUAAUAGACUUUUUACCAGCAAGUUAUACCAAAAAUUGACCAGAUCUGGCAAAUCUUCAAAUAUAAGUUAUGUUCCAUUGCAGAAAUUGCUCUUUAAAUCAUCACGCUUCUUAGCAUUAUCCAAUCAGGUAUUGGGAUUACAAUGUUUUGUUGAUUGAAGGUCACUUCAUUAAAAUGUAGUGUUCGCUCCUGUUUGUCAUUUUAUACCCGGAUCGUGCAAUCUCCAGGAGGAUUUACGAGGCAAAGAUGAGCAAAGGAAUGGGAGGUAAUCCAGGCAAACCUAUAAAACUUAAUGUUUUCUGAAUUGUCUUUCUUGCAUUGCAAACUCGUGGUCUGACGACGCACUUUCGUUUGGGCAUUACAAUUUUUUUUUUUAAAUCCUCUUCAAGUACACAAAUAAAAAUAAAAUAAAAAAACUUUUAAAAGAUGUCUACAUUUUAAUUUUAAAAUUAUCAUCCUUCGACUUACAAAAUUCAUCACUGGAAUAACUUUGCAAUAUUAUGCAAACUGAUUUAUCGUUUAAUGAAAUGGCCUUACAACACAAGUGUUCUUUAACAAACCUUGAUGCAAUGUUUUUCUCUGGAUGUAUUAUUGUUCUUGGGCUGUUUAUUUUCCUUAGAACUAUUAGUCUGGCGAAGUAGUGUCCCGGCAUGCUGCUGGAAUCGCACACGACUGUUUUAUUUCUUGUCUCUAGUGUAAUUCUGAGUUCUUGGUCAAACUUAAUAACGUACGUGCAUUGUAAUGCAUAAUAAAAAAAAUUGUUUGAAGUAAACAUGUGCUUAGGUUGUA